UUUAAUCCUCUUUAUUGCUAGAUCCUGGUAUCAUCGGAUGAUGAAGGAUUAUACCGGCACUCUUUUCGGACUUCGGUCAUUGCACGGUUCGACAGCGUGCAAUCAAGACCGUUGCUUCUUUUCUCAGAGUGUAGAAAAUUCAACCUCCGUAUUCUGACCGAAACGACAGAAGAUUACUCCACAAAAUUCCUCUGCGUCUGCAGUCACACUGCAACAGCGGCCAUGGACACAGGACAUCUCGUCUACAGCGGCAUCGGGCCGGCCGAGAGGUUUAGCUUCGAAGAGGACUUCGAUGCUGUCUCCUGCACCGACGUCCUGAAGGAGUACCGCGUCUGGAUCAUCCCCAUCUCCAUCGUGUACGUCCUCCUCGUCUUCGCCGGGCGAAGGUGGAUGCAAGACCGCCCGGCGUACCGUCUGAAGGGCCCGCUGAUCCUCUGGAACAUCCUGUUGGGCGGCUUCAGUCUCAUCGGAGCCUGGAGAAUCGUCCCCGUCUUCUCGAAGGCUCUCUUUUACAACGGGUGGCACUCCACCGUCUGCGACAACGUCUACUACCACAAGGAUUUCCUCGGCAUCUGGGGUCUGCUCUUCACCCUCUCCAAGAUCCCUGAGCUCGGAGACACUCUCUUCAUCGUCCUCCGGAAGCAGAAGUUAAUUUUCCUGCACUGGUACCACCACGCCACCGUGCCGCUCUUCGUCUUCGCCGUCUACAGUGAGCUGGGCGCCCCUGGAGUCUGGUUCACCGCGAUGAACUACUUCGUCCACGGCCUCAUGUACCCGUACUACGGCAUCCGUGCAGUCGGCUUCCGCCUCCCCAAAGUCGUUGCCAUGGCAAUUACCUCUCUCCAGAUCUUCCAGAUGAUCAUGGGUAAUAUUCUGGUCGGUUACGCGGCCGUCAUGCGCCUUAGCGGGGUGACGUGCCAAAUCGAUCAACGGCAGCUAACGCUCGCUGUCAUUCUAUACUUCAGCUACCUGUUGCUUUUCGGGAACUUUUUCUACACGUCGUACUUCGGUAGUAAACGCGCAGCUCCUAAACCGGUUAAGGCUGAUAGUAAGCCCGAUAACCAGGCGAACGGGUUCAGUAACCACGUCACCAAUGGUCACGUGACUAACGUGGACAACGAUCAAGAUAUCCGUCAGAGGGACUUGACCAGGUUUAGUAGUCCGCGUUAAACAGGUUUAAAAUGUUAAAGCAACAGCUUUUCUCCCAGUUUUAGCAUAAUAGUCUUUAAUGAUGCUUUCACUCGUUUCUAGGCCUACAAUGAAGUCGAAAUGGCUAUUUGCAUUCGUUCAUUCCAGCUUGUGUCUCAUGUUAUACAUGUGAUUAUUUUGCCAAUCCGUUUGUGUCAAUAAUAUUGUUUCAAUGUUUUAUAAAAUUUACUUUUUUUGAAAAUGUUAAACCUAUAGGUUGUAUUUAUGUCCAGACAGGCAUGCUCAGCGUUAGUAUUCGCUACUAUUUUCAGUUGAGAACUUUGCCUUAAUUUAAUUGAAAUAUUUUAUUUUAAUACAUUUAAUUGAAUUGAACUAAAAAAAAAGACCAAACUGUUACAACGACCAGUACUAAAAAAAUAAGGACACGUUGACCCAUCAAAGAGUGUUCGGUGUACUGAAAUUUAUGAUUAUUGUUCAUUUUUGAUGUAGAAAUUUACAACGCCAAUUGCAAUUUGGAAGCUGAUAACUUAGAUAAUGAUUUUGAAGUUUUUAAUGUUACUUGAAAACGGAACAAAGGAUUCACCAUGUUUGCCUCUUACAUUUUUUUUUCGUUUUUCAUAAAUUUCGUUUUUGUAUUCGUUUUAUACAAGAGAGAAAUUUGGGUGCUAAUUAAGGUGUGUUAAAUUGGAAGAAAGGCUGACAUUAAUAGUAAGGAGACAGAAUACAGAGACAAGCAUAAUUAUUUUAUGCAAUUUUGUUUUUGUGAGAAGCAUUUUUUGGAUGUUAUUUGGAAAGGAAGAAAGAGUUCAUGUAGUUAUGACUUGAACAAUUUUGUUUUGUUUUUCCAAGUGUUGACCGUCGAAGAAUGUAAAAAUAACGGUAAAUGAGAAAGAAAAUAAAUAAUUUAUUAAAAUGAUGUCAAUUUAUUGUUCAACUA